AUGGCCCCGCAGAGCGACCGCUCUCCGGACGAAGGGCAGCCGUAUUUCGGAGGCGCCGAGGAUCCGUCCCCGGGGACCGGCGGGGCCUCCCCGGGCAGCCGGGGCGCCUCGCCCGCCCGCCCCGCGCUGGCCCCGCGGGACGCGGCCCGCAGGAAGGGGAAGGCGCGGCGGGGCCGGGGCAAGGCGCGCAGCGAGGGCUCGCUCAGCAAGCAGAAGAGGAGCCGGCGCAUGAAGGCGAACGACCGCGAGAGAAACCGCAUGCACCACCUCAACUCCGCGCUGGACGCUCUCCGCAGCGUCCUGCCCACCUUCCCCGACGACGCCAAGCUCACCAAGAUCGAGACGCUGCGCUUCGCGCACAACUACAUCUGGGCGCUCACGCAGAGCCUGCGCCUGGCCGAGCAGGGCCUGCCCGAGCCCCCCGCGCCGCCGCCGCCCCCCGGGGCCGCCCCCGGCGCCUGGGACUCGCCGUGCCCCCCGGCCCCGCCGCCCGCCGCCCUGCGCCGCUGCCCCGCCGCCUUCCCCGCCUUCCUGUGA